CCUGAUCUCAUUGGUGGGAUUUGAACGAUCGUUGACGUCCUGGAUGCGGAUUGGUCACCCUAUUCCAGCGUUAGCACACUCUGGCCAAUAGGAGCGCACCGCAGUGCUGAACGCGGGAAAGUCUGAAAGUACGGAAAUUCCGCAAAGUUAGUUGUUUAUAUUUGACUUCUGUUGUUGUUCGUCCGUGAUCAGCGUUAUCGGUUGAAUCUAGAACCCAUAAUGAACGAGGUUCUGGACACGUUCGUGUAAGGCUUUCGGAUGGGUGAGUAAUUGUGAACGCUUUAUAACGUAAGGAACACAUUUUUAAGUGGUUCUUUUAAAUGGUUGUCGUGAACAGCGGCGUUACUAGCUAACACAGCUAACCUAGCUGAGGACUGAGGGCCUGCAGCGCUGCUAACAGGCUAACGCUAGCUGAACGUUAGUCUCGUCGCUUUUAGAGAGUUCUUAAUAAACGAGUCUCCAAAGUUACAGUUUAGAUAACCUAAUGUCAUGAUUUUUACCCAGGAGUGAAACUGACUUUGUUCUCUAAACGUACUUACGACAGAUAUUUGUUUUUCUUCUCGUAACGUAAUUUUACACUUAACUUACGUUAACUACGCAAAAAAUAUUAACGUGUGGUCGUUUAACACUGUUGUUGGCUGGUUUCUUGGUCAGAAUUCGGCAUGAACGCUGUAUUUAUCUACAUAUUUGGCAUAUUUAGGUUACUGAGGGAAAAAAAACCCUACAGCAUUUCCUCUGGUAAGUUUCUGUAAUUCUACAGCGCUGAUAUUUUAAAGACAACAUUAAGGAUUUGUGUUCAAAAGCGCAGAGCAGAGACCUUUUUAAACUCAGCACAAGUUUAGUUUAGUCAGCGACGUCGUGUCUAACACUGUAACUAUGUUUCCUGUUAGUAUCAUUUCUAUUACCGGAUGUUUACUAUGCGGGGAUUUAAAUGGCCCAUGGCUUUCAGUCUGUAACGGCUAGACGUGUGAACUGCCGUGCGAUCUCCCUCCGGAUAAACACAGGAGCCCAGUGUUCUCUAGUAAAAGUAAUCCAAGCAGAAGUACUUUGUCCGCAGUAACGCUGGCUUGUGGUUAGUAAUUCAGAUUAGAUCAGCUUUAACUCUGCAAUGCAGUAACGCAGCUACAUCUGCAGCCACUGUUUUGUUAGUCCUGAUUUGUGAAUUCAGACGACGUUGACAUCUUCCACGCCGAAAUCCGCCAAUAUUGCACAUCAGGGUUUUAUUUUCUGAAGCAUACAACUUCAAAAGUUGAGCUCUCGGAUGAUGUUUUAGCCAGGUUCAAACUGGCCAAGCUGAUUUGUGAAAAAAACAAAAUUCAGUUCUUGUUUUGUCCGUUUGUGGCCUGUGUGGACCGCGAGCAAGGAAAGUGAAAGUCAAUCAACCUUCAUCCGCCUCCUAUGAAUCAUAUGUAAUCCUUUGACAGUAGGAGUUCAGUUACACCUGAGAUGGACAAGGUGUAUACCUUGCAGCGGGAGGUCGGUCGAGGCAGCUACGGAGUGGUUUUUGAGGGCCGCGUGACCGAGACGGGCUGGUGGGGUCGGCGGGGGGACACGGUGGCUAUUAAACGUCUCCCCUGCUGUAGCCCAGAAAGCAUUGAACUCUACCUCCAAGAACUAUGGGCUAUGAGAUCUACGGCCAGGAACCAUCCUAAUGUCAUCGCCCUGUACAACUGCUUCCUGCAGACUGGACCUAAAACACUACAGCCUCUGAAAUCGGGCAGGCUGCCGCUGGACCUUGUGGAGAGCGCUCUCAAAGGGAGAGUGGUAGACAAAGACUCAAAAAGCCAAAGGAUGAACACGUCCAGGUCGAGGAGGAGGCUAACGUCCACGGAAGAGGUGUCCAGGCGUUGCUUUGCCCUGUGGUUAGUGAUGGAGUACUGUGAUGGAGGAGAUUUAAACCAUUACAUGUUGUCCAGGUGUCCAGAUGCCCAGCGCAACCACCAGGUCAUACAGCAGCUCAGUAGUGCGAUGGCUUUCCUGCAUGGACUAGGGAUAGUACACAGAGACCUGAAGCCAGACAAUGUUCUUGUCUGUCUCACCAAAACUGGGCCAGUGGUCAAGGUGGCAGAUUUUGGCCUCAGCAAGAUGGUAGAAGGCCCCACGGAUGGAGACCGGAGCAGACUGGCCCUCUCCUCUACUUGUGGCUCAGACUUCUACAUGGCCCCUGAGGUGUGGGCUGGCCGCAGCUACACGGCUCAAGCAGACAUCUUCUCCUUGGGAGUGCUUUUCUGGGCCGUACUGGAGAGGAUCACCUUCUUAGAGGAUGGCUCCAACCAGGAGCAGUUGGGAGCGUAUGUGGAGAGAGGCCGAUGGAUCACUCCACUGGGAGAGGCUCUGUGUCAAAACCCAGCCCUGCAGUUGGUCAUCCCUAUGAGGGCCCGCCGUGCUCCGCCGCUGCCACCCCCUCCCAGCCCGGCCCUCUGUUCGCUGCUGCUGGACAUGCUGGCCUCGGACCCUGACGCCCGGCCAACUGCACAACAGCUGGAGGAAAGGGUUUGCCAGGCUAUAGAUCCCCACUGAUCUUCAAGCACAACUUAGGAAGAGACACAAUGUUACAGCCUCACUGUGGACAUCCUACCGCCUGCUUUAGGACAGUAUGUAUUUUAAGGAUUUUUCAGGACUCUAAGCUCAGGAUUAAUUUUUUGUUUGUUUUUGCUUCGUCUUUAUGUAAGUACAUUGGUGUUUGUCUGAACGCUGUAUGCAGUCUGUAUGUCAAUGGCCAAUUAAAAUGAAAUGCUUUAAUUAUUGCCUGUCCUACAAUCAUGACAUCACAAAUAUCUAACACAAGUAUGACCAGUUGACUUGUAUUUUGUAUGUCGUUACACUGAAAUUGUAUGUCAACUUUAGAUAUAUUUAUUGAAAUAAUUAAAACAAAAUGUGAUGCUGUCAGUAUUUUUCCUUUAUCUGUCAAGGUCUAGACAUACAGUUGGAUUA